AUGUCUUCCUGGAACCGAACCCCAAAGCUCACUCAAGACGGCGCCUCUAAGCCUGUACCAGAGAAGAGGACCAUCGAUCCAGACAUGGUCCGCGAGAGACUGCAGGCGCUGCAGGCGCAGAAGGCGGAGCAGGCGGACGCUCAGCUGAAAGCCACCAGGGAGAAGAUCAGGCAGUUGGCGGCGAAGAAAGCUGCGAAGAAAGCUGCUGCUGAGGGCGGCGAGAAGGGAGAGGUCCAGAAGACGCCUGGCCCUGAGACGACUUCAGCGGAGGGUGAUGCGAAGAUGAAGACUGGAGAGAAGAAGGAGCUCAGCGAGAGCUUCUCGAACGACGCGAAGGGAGGCUCGGCUGGAAGCGUAGGCGGCACCGGACAGGGGGUUGAGCCGAAGGGUUGGGCGGGAGGCAGUGAUGAUGAGGAUGACGAUGAGGACGACGAUAGCGAUGACUACGAUGAUUAG